UAGGCAAUUCCGAAGCGAAGGGGCGUUUUGGGCAUUUAGAAAGUUGAGAGGUCCAUAAGAAAGAGAAACCCUAAAAUUGGUGGGCAGAGGCAGACGCAGACGCAGCCAGAGCAAAACAGAGCGCGGGGAGGGGACUCAUCGGAGAGAAGAACAAGAAAUAUGGCGAAGUCCAUGAGAUCCAAGAGAGAGAAGAGGCUGAGAGCUAUCAGGAGAGAGAUGGUUGAACCCUUCUACGACAAUAAAGACGCUGCCAAGCUCGCUGCUCAACAGGCUGCUCUUGCUGCACCUAAGCUUCCUGUGCGUCCCUCUCCUUUCACCUCCGAUGCCUCUACCACCGACGUUGCGCCAGCAUCUACUUCCACCACUUCCCACGCUCCUAUGGCUAUGGAUGUGGAGUUGGAUGAUCCCAGUCAAAGCAUGAAGAUGAAGCCUGUUGGUGGAAUUGGAAAGAAAUCCGGAAGAAAAUUCAAGGUUGGUAAGGCCAAGCGCCGGGGUAAGUGCAGGAUCAAGAGGAACCGCCACAUUUAAUCCCUGGUAGAUAUAUCCCGUGGCCAGUAGAAAUAGAUGGAAAGUCCGAUGGAAUGGUUAUGAUAUUGUAUUUUAUUUUAGUGUCAUUUGUCACUAUUGAAAUUUUGGAGUAGGCCAAGUCCAGAGAUAUAAUCUUUUUUGACUCGAAGGUAAUUGGCCUGUUAACUCACGUCUCUACGUGACUAGCCUUUGCCCUCGAAGCUGCUGCGGCUAUUUUUAAUUUGAGUUAAAUUUUGAAUUAUAUGCUUACCCGAUUAUAAUCUUUGUGUUUACAA